AUGUAUCUUCACGGAAGUGAUACAUCAGGAACAGGGUCGAUUUCGGGUAUUCUAGUAGACGGAAAGCUGACUAGCCCAAAACCCGGUGGUGGAGCUCGGAGUUUCACGUUCAAGGAGUUAGCCGGAGCCACAAGAAACUUCCGGGAAGUGAAUUUGAUCGGAGAAGGAGGUUUCGGUAGAGUUUACAAGGGACAUCUUGAGUCAAAUCAAGAGCCUUUAAGCUGGAACACAAGAAUGAAAAUCGCGUCACGUCCAUACCUCAAGGAUCAGAAGAAGUUUGGACAUUUAGUGGAUCCGUCUCUGCGAGGAAAAUACCCAAGACGAUGUCUAAACUAUGCGAUUGCGAUCAUCGCAAUGUGUCUGAACGAAGAAGCUCAUUAUCGACCGUUUAUAGGUGACAUAGUGGUGGCACUUGAGUACUUAGCCGCACAGAGUCGGUCACAUGAAUCUCGAAACGUCUCAUCCACAUCACCGGAGGUCACCAGAACGCCGCGACGGGACUCUUUCUAA